AUGAUCGUUCGCAACGCAGCUUCCCAUCUCAACUUGCCCAGAAUGCAUCUCCUUUUGCAAGAUCGCUUUCCCAAGCUCAUUCUUAAUGGCGUUACUGAGGCGGCGGAAUGGACAUCCAUUCGGCAAACCAAGAACUACCAAACUAAUUCGGGUGUUACCUCCGUUACUAGCCCUGAUAUGCGCUGCUUCCAGAAUCGCCCUGGGACAGGUACUGCAACUGUGGCUGCCGGCGAUACGUUAGGCUUCGUUGCCGCAGCUUCUAUCUCGCACUUCGGACCGGUGCAAUUCUACAUGGCAAAAGUACCCGAUAGUGCGGAUAUCAAUACGUGGGAGGCAGCGGGGAACGUAUGGUUCAAGGCAGCGAGUAUAAGCGCAGUGGGGAGUCCGUUGACUAGUGGGGAGAGCACAUGGCCCGCAUAUCAGAAAUCGCAAGUUGAGUUCCAGAUUCCAAAGAACGUGCCGAGCGGCAAGUAUCUUGUUCGUGUAGAGUCAAUCGCACUCCACCAAGCUUCUUCGGUCGGUGGUGCGCAAAUGUAUCUUUCGUGCGCACAGGUAGAGGUUAUUGGUGGUGGAAGUGGUAAGCCUGGACCUUUGGUAGCGUUUCCGGGUGCAUAUAACGCCAACGAUCCUGGUCUGAGGUGGUCGUACUAUCCGAUCGCGACGAGUUAUACUGCUCCGGGACCUGCUGUGUGGAAUGGCAACUGA